UUAUUAUGAUUUUGACUACACGAAGAGUAAACGGGAAGAGUGGAGGUUGUCGAUCUCUUGACCAAGCAACCGGUUAUUUUGAUACACAAAUCCAAAAGCCUGACAGCUGUCGGUUAGUGUCCUUGAAAACCUAAGUCAAGCGAUUUGGCUUGUUUUGGUCGGGAAAUGAGUCACAGGCAACUCAAUUAAAGAACAUGUGCCUGAGGUUCACAUUGCCCGGUAGCCACGAAAACCAGGUGGAGUCAUUUUGCUGCCAGAAGGGCAAGAGAGUCGGGAAGAGAAGGGGAAGAGAAGCGUGAGCUCUCCUGGUAUCCAAGGCUAAGAGCGACUGCAGAGUAAGCAAACGCAGAGCCACUUUCCACUGCUCCGAGCCCCACAAAAAAGCAAACAAUUCCCUAAAACUCCAAUACUGUUGGGAGGAAGAAAGCGCCAAGGCGAAAAGGAAUGACUAGAGGAAAACCAGAAAAGAAGCCAAGAAAAGUCUACACCGGAAGACGAUUACUGUCUGGGGAAAAUAAAAACCACCACAACCGCGAUCACGUGCUUACAUUUCCACCACUCAAGAAUCAAAAUAAACCGCGUGGCCCCGCCCAGUGCCCGUCACGUGACUUUCACGCUCGUGCCGCUUCCGGAAGAGCCUGGUAGCAACCGCUGCGACUCUUUCCUGUGCUGCGGCUUCAGACCCCGGGUUUUGGCCUCUCUCUGACCCGGCUCCCGCUCCACUUCACUUUUGGGUUCGGGUGGAGCCCGUGUAGUGAUCUCCAUGGCAGCAGACUCCGGGGCGAUCACUAAUGAGGACUCUGGAGAGGAAGAAGGUAAACAUGUCAAACCUUUUACACCAGAGAAAGCGAAAGAAAUUAUAAUGUCUUUACAACAACCUGCAGUCUUCUGUAACAUGGUUUUUGAUUGGCCAGCCCAACACUGGACUGCAAAACAUCUUUCUGAGGUCCUUCAGGGCAAGCAGAUACGAUUCAGGAUGGGAACGAAACACACAGAUACAGCUCCUCAGUUUGAAACCACAUGUAGUUACGUAGAAGCUACACUUGAAGAGUUUCUGACCUGGAACUGUGACCGAUCUAGUAUUUCUGGACCAUUUAGAGACUAUGAUCAUUCCAAAUUCUGGGCUUAUGCGGACUAUAAGUAUCUUGUCAGUUUAUUUGAAGAUAAGACAGAUAUUUUCCAGGAUGUGAUAUGGUCUGACUUUGGGUUUCCUGGAAGAAAUGGACAGGAAAGUACGUUGUGGAUCGGCUCCAUGGGGGCCCAUACACCCUGUCAUCUGGACACCUAUGGUUGCAACCUAGUAUUCCAGGUACAAGGAAGGAAAAGAUGGCAUCUCUUUCCUCCUGAAGAUACUCCUUUCCUUUAUCCAACUAGAAUCCCUUAUGAAGAAUCUAGUGUGUUCAGUAAAAUCAAUGUUGUCAAUCCUGAUUUAAAACGUUUUCCUCAGUUCUGGAAGGCUCGAAGACAUAUGGUUACCCUGAGCCCCGGACAGGUUCUGUUUGUCCCCAGACACUGGUGGCAUUAUGUGGAAUCCAUUGAUCCUGUCACUGUCAGUAUAAACUCAUGGAUUGAACUGGAGGAGGACCACCAAGCCCGGGUAGAAGAGGCAAUCACCCGCAUGCUUGUGUGUGCCCUGAAAACUGCAGAGAAUCCACAUGAUACCAGAGCUUGGUUAAACCCAACUGAGGUUGAGGAAACAUCCCAUGAAGUCAAUUGUCGCUACUUAAAUGGAGCCGUUUCUGCUUUUUUUGAUCAUUAUGGAACAUCUAAGGUAGUAGAAACCCAAGCGCUGAGCACAAACGGAGAGUACGUGAUAAAGGAAGAAUUAAAUGUGCACAACCACAUGGAGGUAGAACAAACUAGUAGCCACAGCUUAACCUUGGGAACAGUAAAGCAGGAGGCAGCAAGUCCCUUUGGUCCUGAUCUGGUUCCUGUGAUACCAGGUUCCCAAGAACCACCCUCAGAAGGAGGAGGCAUGUUUGAAAGUGAAGGUGAAGACUUUGUUGACAAAAAUGGAAAACGCUUUGGAAAAUUGCAUUAUACCAAGAGACAACGAAUGAUGAGUGAAAGUGAGAAUGCAGUAGUGGAACAAAUUGCUUCAAAUAGUACUGUGGCCCCUUCCCAGACAUUCAUUUCUACAGAUGACUUGCUGGAUUGCUUGGUGAAUCCACAGGUAACCAGGAUAGUGGCACAACUUUUGAUUCAAGGAAGAAGUUUGCAACUCUAAUAGAAAAUGACUUUUUCAAUAAUAUUUUAAGAAUAUUUU